GACUUCUUUUUGUGAAGUUUUCGAUGUUUAACUUGAGGCAUGCUGCGCGACAUAAUAUAUAAGGGAAAGGAAUUAGCUGACAAAGUUGAUGAAUUACACUGAGGCGGAACUGAAGGUUCGAGAAGCAACUAAUGACGAUAUGUGUUGUCCAAGUGGUCGCCUUUUACAAAAACUGGCAGAUUAUACGUAUACCUAUGAAUCCUGUUUUGAAGUCAUGUCAACUCUAUGGAAAAGAAUGCAUUUCGAAGAUAGAUUUAGUUGGAGGAGAGUUUAUAAGUCUUUAGUUGUUCUUACCUUUCUUUUGAAAAAUGGUUCUGAUUAUGUGUUACAAAGUGCUCAAGAUCAUAUAUACGACAUCCGUACACUCGAGUCUUUCCGAUAUUUUGAUGAGAAUGGAAAGGAUCAAGGAAUGAAUGUUCGCAUCAGAGUUCAAGAAGUAAUCGACCUUAUACAAGACUCAGAAAAAUUACAGCAAGAACGUCAAAAGGCCAAGGCUAGUCGACAUAUUUACACAGGUUAUGGAAAUACCAAUGAUUUAGAUUGGGGUUAUUCUUCAUAUAAGAAUAAUGGAGACUACGGUCAAAGAUCUGAUUCACUUGAUGACUAUAAUAAAGAAACUUACGUACCCAAAAACUUCACAUUUCAAUCGAGCGCCAAAUCUAGAGUGACAAUAUCCGAACAUAAAUCAGACCAACCCCCGCCUAGGUUGGGUAGUUUUGAUGAUUGGCAUGUGGGUAAAGAACGUGGUGUAAUGGACGAUGUUUUAGAACAGUUCAAAGAAGCAUGGGAUUUGGCCAAAGAAUCUACUAAGGAUUUAAUUUUCUCCAAAAAUCCUCAGGAUAACAGAUCAAAUGAGUUCAAUCCACGAAUGGUUUCUGAAGAGGUGUACGAGUUCCCAUCAAAUGCUGUUGAAUCCGGUGGAACAUAUGAAGCGAAAACCCAGUCAUCCUAUGGGGAUUAUUCUGCACAGAAUGAAUUUUCAUCGAAAAAUCUUUUUAGAUCCACCAAAUGUAAUAGUGUUGAUAGUCAUGUUAAUAAUAAUAAUAAUAAUAAUAACAACGGCGACACACAUGCGUCACAGUCUAAUGGAAAACCUCCAGGUCAAGUUAUUGUGACGCCUAGAAAUCAAAGUAUUGAAAAGAAAGACAACGUAAAGCCAAGACCACCAUCCUGUGAUUUAUUAGAUUCAUUUAAUAGUGGUAAUAGUAUCACUAAAUCAGAUCAAAUGAUAGAUCUUUUUGAUGCAAUAUGCGAUUCAUCAACAUCAACUACAACUGGUGUACACUCUAAACGGCAACAGCCAACGCAAAUGGAGUUUGAAGUUAAUUGGCCUAAAGAUGUAUUAACACCAUCAGGAGUAUCUUUAAAUACCAAUUCAGUUCAAAAUCAUGCCACUACACUGUGUCAAAAUCCUGAUAAUUUGCUAGAUAAUGAGUUUGGUGAUUUCACUUCAGCAUCAUCUGUACAGUUUCCUGUGAAUACUGGUUCAACAAUUUCAUCACUUGAUGGUAUCUUUUUUUCCAACUUCUCAAAUACUGAGGCUUGUCCAUCCAAUCAAAAUUCUCAUCAAAACAAGCAAACUGAAGAAUUCAAACAACAACACGUGGUUCAAUCCAAUCCAACUUCACCAUCCAAAUCUAAACCGAUAAACAUUGGCAAUACAUGGAAAGAGUUAGGAUCACUAAGUAUUGAUUUAGAUUCAUUAGCAAAACCGGAAAAAUACGGUGCGCGAACACAAGCACCAAGUCUACAUCAAUUGAAACAAAAUCAGCAGCGUGUUCAAUAAUAAGUGGUUUAAGAUGUAUACCGUUUUUUGUUUCUGAUUGUUUGAAAAGAAGAAUAAUAGAUAUAAACAACUGAUAGAAAAUCAUUUAACCACGUUUUAGUAGCGAAGUUAUCUUUUAUCCUAAUACUUACUUACUUACGACGAUUAAUGGUAUUGAUGAGGAUAAUGAUGAUGACAUUUCAUAAAUGUAUUUCAGCUCAACAAAUUGCUCUUCCCUUUCUUCAUUCUGUUGAUUUUUAUUCCACAUAGUUACAUUGUUCUUACUAAUUGACUAAUCUUAGAAUGAAAUGGAAACUAGUUCACUUACUUCCGUUAUUUAUUUAUAUGGUUUCAUAAUUUUUGUUUAUUUUAUGUAAAAAAAAAUGUGUAUCUGUGUAUGUAUGAUUGAUAAUCUUGUAUGUACUUGUAUGCCAUAUUUUUCUUUUUUUCUGUAUGUACAGAAAUUUGUUUUUUCUUCUUUUUCUAAGAAAAUAAAUAUUGGUCUUUCAAAAUAGUAUUUCAUCUUCAGAACUUAUUUACCCUUUAAACAUUUUAGUACCGUUCAAUGUAAUUGAUUAUUUAAAUAUUAUAGUACAUUUUAUUCCAUUUUAUUUUAUUGUUAUCAUUAUUAUUUUGUAAUUUUUUGUUCAAGCUUCUGUGAUUAUGUAACAGUGAAUGCUAAACAUUUCAUUCUUUGUUCAUUUCAAUUCGAAUGUUUCAUAUACAUACAUGUAUUCAUAAAUAUAUAUAUAUAUAUUUAUAGGAAAACGGUUAAAAGAAAAUAAUUUAAUCAUAGGAUCAAUAUGAUUCGAGGACAAGAAUGUGCCUUAAUUUAAUUUGUUUACUUGUUUUAUCUUUGACUUAUUUUUAACAUAUCCAACUUAUGCUUCUAUUCAAUUAUGAUUUAAUUGAUACUUGUUGUUUUGUUAUAAAAAACGACAUUGUCUAUGUUAUGCUGUGAUUAAUUUGUAUAAUUCAUUUGCAUACAGUUACACACACACACACACAAUAGUGGGUUAUCGAAAUGUUUCUUGUUUUUGCUAUAUUAGUUUGUUUUAACUGAUCCUUUGUAAAAGAUAUAAUAAAUAUUAUUUAGUAAUUCUUAUGUUUAAACCCAUUUAGAAAUUUGAAUAGGCAUAGUAAAUUCAUUGAGGUCUUCUGCCUGUAAAUUGUAGAAAGGUCUCCAUAAAUCUCGGCAACUAAACAGAUUCGUAAGUAAUUGCAUGAGAUUUCUCAUUUCUACCAUGUAUGUUGGUCAUCACGGAUGGUGUCGAUCUCUACGUGUUACUUGUUUUUUGAUUUCGCUGCCAUUUCAAUCCUCAAUAAUUGUGUUAUAUACAUAACAUCUCAUGUUGACUCUGUUUUUAUUAAAUAAAAAACAAUUAUUAUGGGAUCAUAUGAAAAUACUACUUAAAAUUUAAUCGGUAUACUUUUAUUUCCCCACUAAGUAAAUAGAAAUGGUCGGAUGUGAUGUUCCUUGUUUGUAUAAUUAUACAGUCGAAUAAACUCAGCUAAUUUAGCCUAUGUAGGUGAAAUUGUUGUAAUGAGUUUGGAUAUGCAUGGAAAUGACGUUUAAGGUACUACAUAAAAGAUAAAAGCUUAACUGCGAAUUUCCUUGUCGGAAUCCAUUAUUAUGAAAUGCUGACAAAUUCAUGGGAAAAGAUUCUCCUUAUGGAGUGUUAAUUACUAAUUGUAACCUUCUAUGGAUGGAUUUCUUGUGGAAUUGAGAUAUUUAAUUUGACUGAUCACAGAUUAGUGGCCAGUUUCAUGUUUCUCUAGUCCUUAGAGCUGAUUGAAUCCUA